AUGAACUUUGGCAAAGGAGCCAAUAAGAAGAAUGUCAGGAAGAAGGUCGUCUCUGUGCCUGAUGACGACGGAUCAGAGAAUAAUGGCUCGACAGGUCAUCGAGAGAGUUCAAAAGAUGCUGCUGGUCGAUUUGAACAGCUAGACAUCACCAACGAGCCUAUAAAGCGAUCCAUGCCUUCGAAAUCGAAGGCUAAAUCUGCUGUUUUGAGUUUCGGACUUGAUGAGGAACAAGAUGAUGGGCAAGCAUUCCGAGUUAGCAAGUCAUCGGAAAGUCGCAGAAUGGCUCAGAAUAAGCUGAAUCUGGUGCCAGACAAUAGCAGAGUAUCAACAACGACCACAACAGCAGAUUACUCGCUAGCUGGACUACAAGCUUUGAAACUAGCUCAACUGAAUAGACCUUUACGAGCUGAUCCAGACUCUGCCAUGGAUAUAGACUCGAAUGGCGACUCUGCUCUUCCACCUAUACCUGUAGAACCCGUUAUUCCCGAUGCAGCUGCUGUCUUUGCUGCGCGAAAGCUCCGUGAGCAAAGGAGGAAUGAUGCUGCUGGUGUAGGAUCUGGUCGUCUAGAUAAAGGACUUAAACCCUCUUCUUCGUCGUAUAUCUCGUUGGACGACAAGGAAGAUGACAAGACGAACAAUAUGGAGGACGAUGAUGACGAGAAUGACUCUAGCAGAAAUGAAUCUAGACUCGUAACAGAAGAUCAGGAAGAACAGGAAGAUGAGAAUUUUGAAGAUUAUGAAGGUGAUACCAUCACUUUUGGAUCUAGAGCUGUUAAAGAUGCUGAAGCAAAAAGGAAGCAAAAGUUUGUGACUGAACUUGAUGAAGCACAAGGGGAUGAGGAUGAAGAAGGACGAAUGUGGGAGGAAGAACAGAUGAGACGUGUAGCUCCCAUGCAGCAGAGAGAAGAGUUGGCCAAGAAGGCAGCUUCAAUAGCUGCAGCUCCACGAGAAACCGUUUACAUUCCGAAUGUAAUCCCAAUACCGGCUGUAAAUACAGUUAUGACCAGGCUCACUGGACUAGUGAAUAAUCUGGAAAUCUCACACAUUGAACAUCUGGCUCAAAUACGAAGCUCUAAAUCUGAUUUGGAAUCCUCAAAGACCUCUGCCCAGGGAUUGCAACAAGAUAUUAAGAACGCUUCGCAAAAGUAUACUUACUUUCAAGAGUUCAAGACUUAUAUUCAGGAUUUGGCAGAGUUCUUGGAUACGAAGUUUCCAGAAUUGGAAAAGCUAGAGGAAGAUUAUCAUAAUCUUUUGCGUGAGCAAUCGUCGUUUGUAAUGGAUCGACGGGACGCUAUUCUUGAUGAUCGGCUUAGUGAUUUUUCGUCUUAUAUUCCUGCUGAACCACAACUUCGCCAGUCACGGCAAACAGCCUAUACUCAAAGACGCACACGAAGGACGUUUAGUCAACAGACUCCUACUCAAGAAGGGUUAUCGAGUGAUGAUGAAGUCGAUGAACAACUUGAUAUUGGGCGAAAAAAAGACGCAGAAAAAAGAAACCAUCUAUAUCUGUUUGCCGAUACUCUGGAUGAGUUUUGCUCAAUUCCGAUAAUCAAGGCAAAGUUCGAAAGCUGGAAGAAUACAUUUCGACAGGAAUAUGAGCAAAGUUAUGGUGGCUUGAGCAUGCCUGGAGUCUUUGAAUUGUAUGUCCGUCAAGAGCUGUUAGCGUGGGAGCCAUUUUCGACGUAUCUGGAUCUCGAGUCUAUGAAUUGGCAUGAGUCUGUGAUGGGCUAUGGCAUGAAUCCCAACGCUAUGGAAAUCUCUGAAGACGAGGACGUGCGUUUGCUACCGAAAAUAGUAGAGAAAGUCGUCAUUCCUCGUCUUGUGUCGAGGGUUGACAUAUACGAUCCGUAUUCUUGCAAGCAGACCAAGCUAGCUUUAAGAAUUGUUGGCCAAAUGCUUAAUUACACUGAAUCAGAUUCUAAAGCAUUCAAGACUCUUAUCGGAGCAUUCGAGGCUAGAAUCGAUUCUGUAAUAUCAGCUAUUGUGGAAAGGCAAGAUGUCUUUGGUGUUCGAUUCAACCUACCUCUCUCAGAUCAAGCGAUCGCUUCUCGUAAUGCCUGGUUUGCUACACUGUCUAAGCUUUAUGAUAACAGCUUAUCGUGGAGGCGAUAUAUUCCUGCAUUAUCUCUGCAAAGCAUGGUCAUCAAUAAGCUUUUGAAUCGCCAUUUAAUACCACUAUUUCGUGACGCUCCAUCACCUGUCACUGAUGUACACAAGUGCUUACAAUUAUUGCAAUCGAUACCUGUGGAAUGGAUUGGUGGUGGGACUGAUAUACCACAAUUUCUUCGUGUGUUUGAGAAUCGCAUGAAGCUCUUUGCAGAACAGUCAAGUUUGAAAGUCACAGACAAGUAUGUACAGUGA